AAACGCUCUAGAAGUAUCAUUCGAUCUUCAGUCUCGAAGUAAGAAUAAACUAAACAAUCAACAUGUACAAGUUCGCCGUACUUCUCGCUCUCUUCGCCUGUGCCAUGGCUGCACCUGAACCUCAACCAGGUUUCGUCGCAUCAUCUGUGCCAGUUGCAACCAGCUACGCCAACACUGUCAAAAUCUCUUCCUCCUACAAGGCUCCAGUCGUAGCUGCACCAGUUGCAUACGCCGCUGCACCAGUCGUCGCACACGCACCAGUUUAUGCCCAUGCACCGAUCGUCGCAUCUGCACCAGUCUAUGCCCACCACGCUGUUGCUGCUGCACCACUUGUUGCUCACUCACACGUAUUCGUCAAAUUCGUUUUCGCUGCUAUCGUUGCUGUUGCAACUGCAACCCCAGGAUACUUGACAUCUCCAUUGAUCAGCACCUUGAUUGGAGAAAAAACCAUUGAAUCCCAUGGCAACUCUGUUGUCCAUGCAAGUGCACCACUUGUUAAAACUGUUGCCGCUGCACCCAUCAUCGAAACUUAUACACCAGUACACUAUGCACCAGCAGCCAAAAUCGUCUAUGAAGCUCAACCUGCUCUUCUUGCUGAAAAAACCAUCUCCAGCCAUGGACAAAGCAUUGUUCACAACUCUGCCCCUGUCAUCUCCGCUGCUUAUGCUGCACCAGUUACAAUUGCUCUCGCCGUUUUGAUUGGAGUUGCCACCAGUGCUCCAGCAGAAGAUCUAAAAUCUCAUGCUGAGGCUGCGCCUCAUGCGGCUCCAGCACCAGCUCACGAAACUUCCGCUCCAAUUCCACAAGCUCCUGAAGCUGUUCAACAUGAAAUUAAUGACCAACCACCUGCUCCUGCUAGUGCUGCUCCAAUCCAAAGUGCUCCAAUUCAACAUGCUGCUGAGCCAGCUCCUCCAGCACCUGUUCCAACUCCAAAACAACUCUUCAUCGCUGAUCUUCCUCUUGUAAAGACUCCAGCUUCCACUGCCAAAUUAACUCCAGUUGCUACUUCUUUCGUUGCUCCUGUUGCUUAUGCUGCAGCACCACAAGUUUUAGCAUCUUAUCCUUAUCCUGGACUUGCUGCUCUUCCUGCCAGCUACUCUAUUGAACAACAUGGUUAUCAUAUUGUUUAUUAAAUAAAGGAUUAGAAGAUUCCUUUAAUUUUUCAAUAAAAGUCUGACUAUGUAGUGGAUUUUUCACUAUC